CCCUAGAAGGAUACCACUGAUUGUGUUUGGUGCUGGAAUGUUUGGAAAAGAUGUAGUCAAGUCAGAUCAAUUGAUUGUUGUCACAAUCGAUGAAUUCAAAACCUCUAAAACAUGCAGCCUCUGUUUCUAUGAUGAUAUGCAAAUUGUUGAUACUCCUGGAUUCAAGGGUACCGGCGUUCUUCAUUGCAAGCAAU